UUACAGUAUGAGUUCGGCCAUUUCGACUUUUCUUCCAACGCAGUGUGGUCGUUACUCUUGUGCGAUUGAGAGUAAGGAUUGUACAAAAUGGUAAAUGGAAGAAUACCUUCAGUUUUCUCAAAAACUUAUGUUACUCCAAGAAGACCUUAUGAAAAGGCUCGUUUAGAUCAAGAAUUACGAAUUAUUGGUGAAUAUGGUCUUCGUAACAAGCGUGAAGUAUGGAGAGUUAAAUAUACUCUAGCAAAUAUCCGAAAAGCUGCUCGAGAACUUCUUACUUUAGAAGAGAAGGAUCCUAAACGUUUAUUUGAGGGAAAUGCUCUUUUACGUCGUUUGGUAAGAAUUGGAGUGUUAGAUGAAAGCCGUAUGAAGCUUGAUUAUGUUCUUGGUUUGAAGAUUGAAGAUUUCUUAGAAAGACGACUUCAAACUCAAGUAUUUAAAUUAGGGCUUGCCAAGUCUAUACAUCAUGCUCGUGUACUUAUUCGUCAACGUCAUAUUAGAGUACGCAAACAAGUGGUGAACAUUCCAUCUUUUAUUGUAAGAUUGGAUUCACAAAAACAUAUUGACUUUUCACUAAAAUCUCCAUUUGGUGGUGGUAGACCUGGCCGUGUAAAGAGGAAGAAUUUGCGUAAAGGAAGUGGAGGAGCUGCUCCAGAAGAAGAAGAAGAUUAAAUAAUUUUUUGUAAUACUUUAUCUAAUAAAAGUAUGCUUUAAAUGUUAAA